ACACGCCGUCCACGUCCACCCACACCAAUUCACACCCCAACAAACCGAAACUUUCCCGAGCGCCGCGAACAACUCGUAGUUUAGUCACGCCAACUUUCACGCGGCCAAAACGCGCCCACAUCAGUAAAACAACUGCAAACGUCGAAAUAAAUCCACAUUGCAAAUCGGUGCAUUUCCCUAACACGGAAAAAUCAAAGCCGAUCAACUUGGUCAAAUAAGUUUUGCGGAAACGCGGAAACCGCACAAGGUGUAAUUGCGUUCGGUAUCAGCCAGUGUGUGGGUGAAUACGUGGGUGGAUGUAUUUGUAUUCGGGCGCGCGCGACUCGCCACGAAUCGAACUCGUAAGCCAUGUGCCGUAAUAAAUGACGUCAGAAGCGCCGCGGCGCUCACUUCGGCCAUGAUGUCCGGACUCGUUCUCGCCGCUUCGAUUUUCCGCCGCCGUCGUCGCGCGUAAACCCGCCAGCGAAGUUCUCGGUGUCGUGGUGCGCUCCGCGCGCGUUCUCCGAUCGCCACCGGGCGGAGGUGGCCUCGCGGUGUGAGACUGUGCUGAUGAUGAUGAUGAUAAUGUGUAGCCGCUCGCCCUUCGUUCGUGUUGUGCGCGUCGUCGCGAUGGCCGCCGCCGCCGCCGCCGCCACCGCCGCCAGCACGUAAGCCGCAAAGCCGACACCUUCGGCAGCAGCCGCCAACGUGCACCACCACCACGACCACCACCCCCACGGCGGCGCGCGCCACCGCCAUCGCGGCAUCAGCGCGCAGCGGACCACCAUGGUAGGCAUGGCGAACAUGGAGGAGCACGAACGGAAGGUGAUCAUGGAGUUCUGCCACUUGCUGGAGAAGUCCAAGCAGCUCUUCAAUGGACUUCGGGAUCUGCCCCAGUAUGGCCACAAGCAGUGGCAGGCGUACUUCGGCCGAACUUUCGAUAUUUACACGAAACUCUGGAAGUUUCAACAGCAGCACCGACAAAUAUUGGACACCAAGUACGGACUCAAACGUUGGCAGAUCGGUGAGAUCGCCUCCAAGAUCGGACAGCUCUACUAUCACUACUAUUUACGAACGAGUGAAACAAAUUACUUAAAUGAAGCGUACUCGUUCUACGCUGCAAUCCGAGGCCGAGCUUAUUAUUCGCGCGCUGCAAAGGAGGACAGGUCCGAGCUGAUGGUGAAAAAGCUGCGCUACUAUGCGCGCUUCAUCGUCGUCUGCCUGCUGCUGCGCCGCAUGAAGUUAGUUAGAGAGUUAAUAAUAGAAUUAGACAGACAUAUCUCCGACUAUACGAGCACCUACGAGCCGGACGACCAGAUCGAGUGGAGUUUGGUCCUCGAAGAGAUCAAAGGCUUCAUCACGGCCGACUCGUUAGUGUCGGUGUUGCACGCCGAUACCAAUCCGAUCGUGCUCUCGCAUAGGUUAAGUCCAUUGACAACACCACCCGUAGAGAAAUCACAGUAUAUGACGCUCACACUUCAGGAGAUUCUUAUUGUGGGUAGCUCAUCGGAGCAGGUUAAGUUCUCCGAGUUGACGAUGGAUAUGUUCAGAAUGAUACAGACCUUGGAGAGGGAACCUCAAGAGGAUUAUAAUCACAUUUAUGAUGCAAGUCCUGCACCCGGGAGGGCACCAUAUGGUGUACCUGGUAGUAAAGGAUAUAUAGAAAAUGGUGAAAGACCACGUAGGGAGAACCCGCAUAAAUAUUUGUUGUAUAAACCAACGCUGAGUCAGGUGUUGGUGUUCCUCGCUAGUGGUUUCAAGGAAUUGCCCACCAACGGUGCCCUACUGCUCUACCUGUCUGCUGACGGCUGCUUCUCGACUACGAAACAUCCCGAAGACAUGGGUUAUGAUCUGGGAGGUGUGCUGACAAGCGCGAAGCGCGACAACGAGCACAAGAAGUCAAAGGAGACGCACUGUCUGUACCCGGGCGACCUGUAUCCGUUCACACGUCGGCCGCUCUUUGUUAUUGUUGACUCUGAUAAUAGUUUCGUUUUCCAACACAUCCCGCGGUACUUUGGCCAGCCGCUGGUGACGCUGAUGUCGCCACAGGACACGCCGCCCGCUUUCCAAGAUCAACAACACAAUGGUUCGUUGUUCACGUUGUUUUUGCACUCGCCCUUAACUGCCUUCUGCUACUGCUGCAACCUGACGAGCAUUCCGAUUCACCACUGGGAGCGGUGUCAGAGCUUUGUCGAUCGCUUCGUCACGGAGGCGUCGCGCCUCUUCACGCGUUCGCGCGUCGGUGAGUACGAUGAAGAACCAUCGUAUUUGCAAUUCUUCGGCGACGACUUCCUGCGCCUCCUGCUGCUGCGCUACGUGUUCUGUGAUGUGGUGCUGCACCUGCACCGCGGUUUCAAGGGCCGCCAGUACCGUCCCCGCUGCCAGCCGCCGCUGCCCGAGGCCGAGCUGCUGGAGCACCCAUCCCUCCAGCACCUCGUGCUCGACCUGGCCGCCCACCUCGAGGUGCGCUCCCACUUCCUGGACACCAACGAGAUGGACUGAUCCAGGGCCGCGUCCUCAUGGCCGUUUGGAAUCCGGGCGACGACCCAUGAGGAUGGACGGCUCAUGACCCGCCGCCGCGCACCGCCGCCCCGCCUGCUGCUGCUGAUGCUCGUGUGGGCGCUCGCCGUCUCGCACCGCCAUCAUCGCCGCCACCGCCACCGCCGCUGCAUGACUCCCGCAAUCCCCUCAUCAGCCGCCAUCGACGUCAUCUUUUAUUCUAAGGUUAAGGCUACUCUAUCGAAUCUAUCGUAUUUUUGGACGCCUUUUCUUCAGACUUCUGCCAUAAGUAUAAUGAGAUAUCGUAAGGUGAUAUUAUUAUAGCUCAAAUUUAACGUUUAACUUGCCGUGGACGUGGGUCGUGAGACGUCAAAAUGGACGACAAACACACAAACACACAUUGACACCUUACAAAAAAACAAACAUGAAAAACAUAACAAAACAAGCAUUCUACAAAACAAAACCAAGCGAAUCUUGUUUUGUAGCUUAAAUUACAAUAAAUAAACUAAGCACACACACUCACAAUGAUGACAUAUGAUGGAAGAUGGAAGAAAACCUAAGAAAAUCUUUAACAUUCACAUUUCUAACGCGCACCUGAUAUAUAAAUAUAGCUAACAAACAUAAACUAUAAUACAAAAUAUUUACCUAAUCAGAGUUACGACAUUCGAGACACGUUCGUUCGUUAGUCGGAGAGUUGAUACCCAAUUCAUUUCGAGCAGAAACUCUUGUACAGUGUGAACAAAAUUUGCAAAUUGCAUCCAACCACACACACCGAGCGGCGGCCAUCGGCAAUCAUCACCAAAUUAUAAAUUAAAUUAAAAAAAAAAACACAAACGAAAAUCUAGUCGUAGCAAAGUCGUCGGGAGUGAGACAAAAACCAUGACAAUACUAUACGCAACAUUGUGUUCAUUACGACGAUUUUUAAACAUUGUGAAAUUUCCACUCACGAGUAUUACCAUCUCAAGAAGCGAGCGGGAAAUUUCCGAUAGGAAACCAAAGAGAACAAAAAAACAAUGCAAAACAAAUUAUUAAACGAUACACGUAUUCACCCAUUAAAAUUAUAUCAUUAUCGAUAAGGAUGCUUGUAGACGUAGGCGUGCAAAACGAAAUCUAUGAUAUACUACUCGAAAUUAAAUUCGUUGGGACAGUGUGAGUUUCAAAAUGGCGCGUGUCGGUGUCAUGGUCGCCGCUCGGCGCGCUCUCUAUUCGAUACUCUUAAUUAAUCAAAUAACUUUUAGUGAAGAUGAAACAAAUAUAGCUUUACAUAUUGAAGUAAUGUAUAAAUAUUCAAAGUUGAUAGCAAAACAUCUCACAUCUCCACACUAAGAUUCAUCCUGCUGCGCAAAAAACAAAAAAAAAUCAAUGAAAAACAUUUAAAUUUAUUUCAGUUGAUUUAAAUUUAAAUGUUUUCAUUUGAUGAGCACUUAAAUACCUUGAAACUCUAAAUAUUCCAUGCUACACACGACGAAUUCUUGACUUUAUAUAAUGACGAUGCGAAAAACAUAUAAAUGCAAAGAAAAUGAAUAAAGAAUAUACGUUAUAAGUAAACUUAUACAUACACUAUACAUACAUAUACAUAUAGGUAAUUAAUUAAAUUAUUAAAUUAGGUUAUUAACAAAUUUAAAGAAGAAGAAGAAGGCAAAACGCGUGUUUCAGCAACAAAACUACGAAACUCAUCAUCGCUCGUAUCUUUUUGAUAAUUGUAGUUGAUUUCGAAAGUUGCACGUUUAUAACCUCAAAAUUCUGCGCAAACGAUAUUAAAAAAUGGUUAACAUGUAAAGAUUUGGAGGUUAUGAUGUUUUCGUGCGAAAUUGUUUAUGAAAAAAACAACAAGAAUAUAAUAAAACAAUUGAUUCCAUAUCGUGGUGAAUAAUCUUUACAUUUAUUGUAAUAAAUUGAUGACAGUGGAAAUCAAAGGAUAUGAUUUGCAGUAGGCAACCAAAUAUGCACCUAAGAAACUAAAUGCACUUGUUUGCAUUACAAUUUUGUUUGUUAUUUGUGGAAAAUUGUUAGCUCAAAACACUUGGCGAGAUUUCCACCGCGUCUAGAUAAUGAUUAUGAUGUUUUUGAUGAUUUUGAUUUGAUUUGAUUUGUUUCUGACGAUUCGUGAACCUCUAAAUACUUAUAUCUAGCUGAUAAAGAGUUUAACGCGUAAGUACAUUGUAAAUAUUAAAAUAACAAUAUGACUAUUAAUUAAUUAUAAACAAAAAAUAUCCUCGUUAUUAUUAUAUAUAAAUAUUAAUAUUAAUGAAUUUCAAUUACAAAUAAUGAUACCAAAAACAUUCAUUCACGAAUUCGUUCUCAUUUCAAGUUGAAUUUUUGAAAAAAGAUAAAAAUUUAAACUAAAAACGACAAAAGCAAAUCGCAGAGAACAAGAAAACUUAAACUCGAACAGCUUAUGGUGAGAGAAAAUGAAUAAACAAUUUAUAUUAGGCAAAAAUUGUCAUUUUAUGAAAUUAUUUGUUUAUGAUUUUUAAAUUAAUGUAAAUUUAUUUGUCUUGCUGUACCCUAACCUUAUUUGUGGUCUAUUUAUGUAAUUUAUGUAUGAAUUAUCUCAAUGUAUGAAGAAUUGUAUUAUUAUUUGUGUAUUUAGAGAGUGGUUUACGGUGAAGAUUUUGUUUAAAACUUGAGAAACGUGAGCAGAAAUACAAGUGGAUUUGUACAUUAGAAACUCUAACAUUCAAAAAUACAAACACACAAACAAAACAAACAAAAAAAAACGUAAAAAAUGUACACAUAAGUAGGUUUUCUAACUGAUUCUAUGACGAUUGAAAUUUGAUUGUUUGAUAAUUAGCUUCAAUGAAGAUGAUGAAAAAAUAAAAUUAAAAUAAAUAACGA